AUGACUAACCUGGCCAUUCGAGUAGAUGUACAACAUUUGGCUCUUAAAGCACCUAUUGCCGUCUUAGAAAACCUUCCAGUCGAAGGUCAGAACCUGGCAGCCGACAACGUGUCGGUGAUCGAGGGGGAAACGGCCACCAUCAGCUGCAGAGUGAAGAACAACGACGACUCCGUCAUCCAGCUGCUCAACCCCAACAGACAGACCAUCUACUUCAAAGAUGUUAGACCUCUCAAGGACAGCCGGUUCCAGCUGGUGAAUUUCUCUGACAACGAACUGCGGGUGUCUCUGUCCAAUGUGUCACUCAGCGAUGAGGGACGCUAUGUGUGCCAGCUCUACACAGAUCCUCCUCAGGAAGCCUACGCAGACAUCACUGUCCUGGUCCCGCCAGGCAGCCCAAUCAUCGAGAGCCGUGAGGACGUGGUCAGCGAGGGGAACGAGACGGAGCUCACCUGCACAGCCAUGGGCAGCAAGCCAGCCGCCUCCAUCAGAUGGAUGAAAGGGGAGGAGGAACUGACAGGUGAGACAACGGUUGAAGAGAUCGAUGAGAGGUUGUUUGCUGUCAGCAGUCGGGUGAGAUUUUCUGUCACCAAAGAGGAUGAUGGAGUGUCAGUGGACUGCAUCAUUGACCACCCGGCUGUAAAGGACCUCCUGGCUCAAAGACACUUGGAAGUGCUGUAUAAACCCGAAGUGAAGAUCGUGGUGACAUAUCCUGAAGGUUUAACCAGAGAAGGUGACAAUCUGGAUUUGACAUGUAUCGCCGAAGGAAAACCACAUCCCCAUCAGAUCAACUGGCUGAGAGUAGAAGAGGAUGUGCCGCCUCACGCCGUGGUCACCGGCUCUGAUCUCUACAUCGAGAACCUCAACAAGUCCUACAACGGCACCUAUCGCUGCGUGGCAUCUAAUGCAGUGGGGGAGGCCUACGACGACUACAUCCUCUAUGUAUAUGAUGCUCCCACUACUAUCCCCACACCCACCACCAACCCAGUCAACACGCAAGACUCCAGAGCCGGCGAGGGGGCACCGCAGAAAAUUGACCAUGCUGUCAUCGGAGGAGUGGUUGCCGUGGUGAUGUUUGCCAUCCUCUGUGCACUCAUUGUUCUUGGUCGAUACUUUGCCAGACACAAAGGAACUUACUUCACACACGAAGCCAAAGGGGCGGACGACGCUGCCGACGCCGACACGGCCAUCAUCAACGCCGAGGGGGGACACAACAACACAGACGAGAAGAAGGAGUAUUAUAUCUAAACUGGACAGGCCAGGAGAGACGGGUGGGGAUGCUGAUGGUGGUGGUGGUGGCAGCGCUGUGGGAGCAUUAUGUCUAACUCUGAUUGGGCAGGGAGAUUGAAAGAGGCAGAGAAGAGAAGGAAAAAGUGGAAAGUAAGACUGGCGUGGCCAAGUAGUAUGAAGAGGCGUUGCUGAGUCUCCUAUCCGACCCUUCCUGGACUGCUGGGGCCUAUUCUGUACAGUUCAAUUAUUUUACAGACAAUUUUGUGCCUUGUUCUAUUUCUUUUGUUUGUUUUGUUGUUUUCCCUUCACAUGCUUGUUGGAUUGGAUUUAUUUUAUUUUUAUUUUUAUCCUAUGUACACCACCAGAUUCUUUGUUGCAUUUGGCUUUCGGAGGAGAUUAAAUGGGUCUGGUGUUUUGUCUAUGUGUGCUGCAGCUAGCUUUUAGCUCAUGUACCCAGAUCUGAGGAGCCAGCUCAUCCGCACCUUUUUUUUUAAUUUUAUUUUUGAGUAAUCUACAGAGUUCGGUAGCUGGAACACAAUAUCAACACGUUUUCUCCCCACAGGGUCGCCCAGCUCCUUCGAGGUCAGGUUCACUGUGUUGAUUACUUAUGUAACAGUUGUGAGUAAUUAUUCUUCAUAGAAUGUAUUUGUUCAUGAAAGUGAAGUAGGAGUGCCGUCACGUAUCAUUUCAAACCCAACAGCGAGGGCGGCCGAUUGCCUCGGUUGCUUCAAGAUCUGACAAUUAGUAGAUGUGAGAUCAGUUUAGUAUUUGUGUAGGCUAUUGUGGUGCGCAGUCUAAAACAUCUUGACAGCUGUCAUGUGCCAUGGAGUUAAAAUUUCUAGAGAAAAAAAAGAAAUCUGAGCUUAUAAUUUUUUUUUUUUUUUAAGGCCUGCAUCAGGAUUUUCUGACUGAGAGAAAUGAAAGCAGAUUGCAUAGAGAGGACUUUGGUGAUGAUGAUGAUGCCACUGUCAUGCCUGUUUGAUAAAUAUGAAGCUACAGCCAGCAGCCGGUUAACUUAGCUUAGCAUAAAGACUAAAAAUGGACACUCAGCUAGCCUGAGCUUCACUGGCGCUUCUUAUCUUUGGACAGAAUCAGCCGAGCUGUUUCCCCUCGUCUAAUAAGUACAGGUCCAGAAGACUGGCAUUAAGUUGAUUGUGGGGGUCAGACUUUACUCUCACUUGUAUGCCCCCCCAAAAAAAGUGAUUGGUCCUGCUGCGUUGAUGGUUAAAAUCUCAUUAAAAUGUGUUAUUUGUUCGCUAUCAGUACAGCUUGCUGCGUGUGCUUUUGGUUCAAACAUGAAAGCUUUCACAUUUUCAUAGCACCUACAUGGUCAACCCUGGACCAAAUAUAAUAAUUAUGCCAGUGUGUGUAUAUAUACAGUAAAUAUUACUUGUGUACAGCAAAGGCUCAAAGUCCACAUUGCAGAAGACCUCCUCUCUAAAUAAUUGACUUUUUAUCUGAUAGUACAGUAUAUUGACCAUUUAACCGGGAAAUGUUACAAGGACUUCACUUUAUUCAUCUUUCAAGGUUUUAUCUUUUCAUUUGGUUGUGCUGUGUCAAAGGGAGGAAAGACAGAAUGUUACACUUUCAAAGUUUCCUUUCAGUGAUGUAUAAGGUAUCAAGGCAAGUCUGUGUGAAUACCCAUAGCAAGUAGAAAAAAAAAAAAAAAGAAUUCACAGCUUAUUUCCUGCCUUAGAAAUCCUUGCUACACAGACUUUUUUGCCCUUGCCCAUACACAAGUUUAAAAAAAAUUAAAAUUAUUAAAAAUGAAAAAAA